AAUAAAAAAAAAAAAAAACUUCGAAAAGUUCGAAUUUCUCUUACAUUCUUUCGAAACUACACGAAACGAAUCUCCCAACUUAGCCAUCUUCUUUAGGCAAACGGCGCAUCAAAGAAUUCACCAAUUUCGUCACAUUCAUUUACAUUUUACUUUUCUCUCUUUCUCUCUCCUACUCCAAAUUUAACAGUUGUCUGAGUGCUGUCAGUUGGCUUCCGUUAAUGACUGAUUUCGAAGACUCAGAGGAAACCACCAAUUGGGUUUUCUUACUAUUCAAAUCUAAACCUGGGUUUCUGAAAUUUUCCCCAAUUUAAGCUAUUUUCAAUUGGUGGGUCAUCAAUUUAGGGUUCAUUCAAUUGUAAUUUUUCUGGGGUUUUGUCAGUUAUUGAUUGUUUCUUCACAUGGGUUUUGGUUGGAAUUCAGUUUACAACAUGGGAUUUCAAUUUUGGAGGUAAUGAAGCUGAGUUGGUGUUUGAUGAUUUUGUUAUUUGCUGAAAUUUUUAUACUGUUAUUUCGUUAAAAGAAAGGGGGCAAUUAACUUAUUUUAUGUGAUUCCCCCCCUUUUUCUAUUUGAUUCAAUUCAUUGUUUUUGUUAGUCUUACCUAAAAACUUAUAAUUAGGUGGAGAAUUGUUCUUGAAAGUAGUAGUUGAGCAGUAAGUAGGAUUUAUACAAAGUUGGUUCUAUUGGAGAAAGAUUGAUUCUUGUAUAAUUCUUUAGAGGAUUGAAUUCUUGUUGGGUGAAGUUGAAUUUGAGCUGUUAAUUUAGCUGUGUGAAUUAUGUCUGGUGGGAGUGGUACCCCUGUUGGGGCUAAUUUCAUGAGGCAGAGGCAUAGUUGGGGUUAUAACUCCGGUGGGGAAGAUCUAGAAGAUGAUGCAUGUUCGAAACCAAUGCCUUCGACGCCUUCGAUUCCGAGAGCUAAGACAUGGAUUGAGAUCAUGGAGAAUGUUCUCUGGAUUGGUUCAGCAGUAUUUAUCAUAUAUUUUGGUGAUUGGCAUUCAAAUCUUGUAUAUCUCCUGUGGCACGAUGAUCGAAUUAGGAGGAUACCAUUAUACCUAGGAUUUGGAGGUGUUCUUUUGAGUGCUGCUUAUUUCGUUUAUACAAGCAUGUCAAUAUCAGGUGUUAGAAAAUCGAAUGAGAACUGGGAGAUACUUGGUGGUUCUGCCUUGCCAUUGGUUACCCUUCUGGGCCUAACUUCCUUUUGCCUAUUCACCUGGGCUUUGUGGCCGAUUUGGAGCUUCUUGACCCUACCUCUUGUGUUCACGCUCUUCAUGGCCUGUAUGGUUAUAUCACCUUAUUUGAUUAGCGGGACAGUAAAAUCACAACCCGAAGUGCUCCGUCUUGAUUGAUGGUCGAUCUGAGUAUUUCAAGGGAUAUGCACAUGGUGAAAUCGACUUUAAAAAACCAUUCUAAUCUCGGGGAAAAAGGAUAGUAGCAAAAUUGUGAUUCAUGUAAGUUUCUUUUUCUAUGAUGCAAUCCUUCCCAUGUUGGUGCUAACCACUACAUGGAAUCAGCUCUGAUCUUCACACAUGUUCGCGUUGUAUUCUUUUUACUUGCCCAACCAAUUGAAUGAAGUAAUUAGUUUAAAGUAGGCCUACAUUGUGUCUUUGCCAGAUCUCACAGUGAAGUAUGUUUUUUUGUGUAUGGUCUAGCACCAUCUGUAAAGAAUUAUUAAAUAUAGUGUGGUUUUUGAGUUUCUCCAUGUUUUGGGGAGGUUAUAAUUUGCAACAUAUUAAACUUGGGCCAAGCGUUGAUGCGCCAAUUACAGCAAUUUGCGCUAUGGAUCCAACUGCUGCAGCAUAUUUUAAUUCUCAAUUUUUGUCCAAAUGUACCUUGUCCAAGUUUACAUACACUGCAUUUCUUUCACAGAUUUCCUUGUGCUUUUACUUGAAACAUUGUUCUCUUUAUACCAGCAAUUCGGUUUUCUUUGUAA